ACUUACCUCUCUACUUCAUUUCGAUAUGAGCGGCUCUUCGAUUGAGAAUACCUCUAAUUGGCUACUAGCAUUGAACAUGCUUCCUUUAGUACAAGACAUUGGUUUGGCGGGCUGCCAAUUCGAUAACUUCCCACAAUCCCUCCCGUUUGUCAAUUUUACCUCUCUCUCCCUUUUGGAUCUUUCUGGCGCAUCACUUUGGGAUUUUUCUAAUAACAGCAAAGUAAAUUCUAGCUUACCCGAGUGGUUGUUUAGAAUUACUUCCCUUCAGUUUCUUUAUCUCAGUGCAAGCGAAUUUACUGAGCUCAUCCCAUCUGGAAUUGGAAACUUGACUUCGCUCAUGUUUCUUGAACUAGAGGAUGUUGACAUUGAUGCCGGGAUACCGUCUAGUUUGAGCAAUCUCUGCGAGCUUGGCACGCUAGAUUUUUCAGGUUCCACAAUUAAUUCCCAAUUAGACGUAUUCAAAGCGUCUUUUUCUGGGUGUAUCAAAAACAGUUUGCAAGAGUUGGACUUACGUAAUACUUCUCUAAGUGGCAACAUGCCGGAUUGGAUCGGUGACCUGAACAAUCUAUAUAUUCUUGAUCUUUCAUUUAACUCACUUUCCGGUUCGAUCCCCACGUCUUUUUGUAAACUAUCCACCUUACAGGUGUUAUUCUUAUAUAACAAUAAGCUAAAUGGCACUGUUCCGGAAUGCCUUGGAAACCUUAGUGAGGUAAAAUAUUUGGCUCUUAGCUCCAACGCUCUCAUCGGAGUUAUUUCAGAAUAUCAUUUUUCUAAUCUUACAGAGUUAGAGGAUAUGGACCUGAAUUCCAACUCCUUGGAUUUGAAUCUGAGUUACAACUGGGUUCCUCCUUUCCAACUCGAUUAUUUGGACUUCAGUGGCUGUAAAUUAGGCCCCCAGUUUCCCUCAUGGCUACAGACUCAGAAGUCUCUAGCCCACCUCGAUCUAUCUUCCACGGGGAUUUCAGAUUCAGUGCCAAAUUGGUUUUGGAACUCAAUGACCAAUCUUUCAACCGUUUUUCUCGCUAAUAAUGAGCUACAUGGUGUGAUACCCAACGCAAUAAAAUUUAGUGAUGAUACAGAUUUAUCUAUUGAUUUAAGUUCCAACUUCUUUGAGGGACCAGUGCCCAUUUUCCCGUCAAACACAGCAGAAUUGGAUUUGUCAAACAAUUCAUUUAUGGGUCCUAUUCCUGAUGGUAUUUUUCAGCUAAUGCCUAAUUUAAGAAUGCUUGCGCUGGCGAUGAAUAAAAUAAAUGGCGGGAUCCCCUCUUCUAUGUGUAAUUCACAAUUGAUUACCAUAUCAAUCUCAAACAACAAUUUAUCAGGAGAGCUUCCAAACUGUCAAAAUAAUACUCAAUUAGUAGGUUUGGAUCUUUCAAAUAAUAAUCUUUCCGGAGGAAUACCCAAGUGGCUUUGUGAAUCGCCUCAGUUUCAACACUUGCACCUAAGGAAAAACAGUUUAUCUGGAGAGCUUCCCCCAUCCUUAAAGACCUGCAAGAAGCUGGAUACUCUUGAUCUUGGCGGUAACAUGUUUACAGGAAGGAUACCAAUCUGGCUUGGAGAGCUCUCGUCUCUGAAGAUUCUUAGCUUUAAAUCAAACAAGUUUGUCGGCCAAAUUCCAAUGGAACUCUCUAAUCUUACUGUUCUCCGAAUCUUAGACCUCUCAAACAACAAGCUUUCAGGGUCGAUACCGAUGACCUUCGGCAACUUCAUGGCUAUGAGGAACCCUCUUACAAACAUUCGAUCUAUCCUAAACAUCACAACUGGUAAUUAUGGUGAGAAUAUGAUUUUGGACAUCAAAGGAAGAGAAGAUCGAUAUGGUAGCAUUCUUCUUUCGCAGAUGACGAUCUUGGAUCUCUCUAGGAAUAGCUUGUCAGGACGCAUACCUGAUGAACUAACAAAUCUUCUCGGAUUGUUGGUAUUCGAUUUGUCGAGUAAUGAUCUAACGGGACAAGUACCGUCCAAUAUAGGCGAUAUGAUGGAACUAGAAUAUCUUGACUUGUCGAGAAACAAGUUAUCAGGAGCAAUUCCUUCUAGCUUGUCCAACUUAAGCUUCUUGGACUUCUUGGACUUAUCUUACAACAACUUCUCGGGAAGAAUUCCGACAGGAAAGCAAAUGAACACAUUUGUAGACCCUAAAAUAUAUGUCGGAAACCAAUAUCUUUGCGGAUUCCAAAUAAAUGUGAGUUGCACAGACCAGCCAAGUCAAACUCCAACUAAUGUUUCAGAAGAUGCAGACGAAAAUCGAAAAGAGAUCUUACGCCUCUGCCUUAUUACAAUAGCAGGAUUUGCAGUUGGGUUUUGGGCUAUUUCUGGAGUUUUGUUGGUAAAUAAAAGAUUUAGAAUUUGGUGGUUCCGAUACGUAGACAGCUUGUAUGACAGUCUCUAUGUAACCUCUAGAGUAUGGUUUGCAAGACUUAAGAAAAAGAUGUCAAAAAUAAACGCAACUGAUGGCUGAAAUGUAAUGAUAUGUAGGUUAAUCAAUUUUAAUAAAUAAAAGCUGAAUUGUCUUUUCUA